UACUCCCAUACGGGUAUGUACCUUAUCCAGACUUGAUUCUCGGUAACAAAGUUCAACCAUGGCUAUCCCCUACUAAUCCAGACAACUAGACGUCCCGCCAAGCAAUUAUCUCCUCUAUGACAGCAGUCUAAUUAGAUAACAUUUUCAGCAAGGGACAAUUUACCAAUCUUUUACUGUUCUAUACUGGUCUAUACAAAAAAAGAUGGAGUCGAGAUCGAUCUACAACUCAGGUCACAUGGUUCAGGGUCUGCUGAUCUUGCCGCAGUUCGCCAACAGUUCCCGUUUGGGCCAUUCGAGGAUCUCCAGGUGUUUACUCUGAAUACGCAACUUUCUUCCGUCAAUCAUGAGCCAGGAUACUCCUCUGACGAUAUGUCGGUGUACUAUGUUCUGGUGAUAAGUUCUCAUCGUGCAGUGUUCGAAUUCUACAGGUAAUGUCUCGUUCCUUCCCGUCCACUUCUGUUACAAGUUUCUCUGGGGUAUUUACUCCGUACUCUGUACUGUACUGGCUUUCGUUUCAUGGAGACCACUGUGGAUUACGCGCCAUGCAGGACAUACAGAGUACUCCUACUCUGUUACCCGUACUCCGUACAGAAAAGAUCCAUCUCGUUUCUGGCCAUUCCUCCUUAGCCCAGAAACCGGGUUGGCGAUACUGCAUUACUAUGUUGGAGGGAGCAUACGGAGGAAUUCCUUCGUGCUUCCAAGUCGGCCACUCCUCUGUAUACAACUUGGCCGCAAGGAGACGCGUAUCCCCGCAUUCUUGUCGAUUCGCCGCUGGUUGUGAUUUGCGGGAAUAUAUCCUCCAAAGUAGACUCGGCCGCGUUUGUUUCUCAUUGGCACUAGAUACGAGCCAGACAAGCAAGCAAGAAGGGAAUGGGAAGGGCUGUGAUAAUAUCGUGUUGGUCGAGUAGCGGUGAAACAAGCGAUGCAUGACGCCAGGCAUGCAUUCGUCCUAUGCGGUUCUCUUCUCCUGUUCCAUUAAAUGACUAACACCAAAAUCUCCGACGCAGGUUGAUGUGUCGCGAUCGAAGUUUGUCGGAAUAUGGGGCAUUCCUUUGUUCUUUGGAGAACAUUCGCGUUAGAUUAAUACGAGUUACUGGUCAGGCCAUUUUGUAUGGAUUUUCGCCAUGAAGACGCUACUAUCAGAUAGCAGAGAGAACCAUGAAUGACUCGAGAUUGUCGGUGUGUCUCUGUAUCCUGCAGCACGGAUUUCAAGCCACUGCUUAUCCCG